CAGAGGGAUGCUCCGCUCUCAGCCUCACUUCUCUGAGCUCUCUGACGGAGCGGCUCUCAGCUGCAGGACCUCAGCAGAGAAGCUGUAGUAGAUGGAAGAAGACAUUUAUAACUCCGAGCUCUCAGUCUGCGCUGAGGACAACCCUGAAGGAAGGAGACGCGCGUAAAGCCUCCGCGCCAUGCAGCCUCUCCGCUCCCUCCUCUGACCGCCUCUGUCUCCCUGCUUCCCGCAUGGUUCUGGCGGGAAACCAUGAAGACGACGCGGAAAUGUCGCGCGCUGCUGUCGGUAGCUUUGAACCUGGCGGCUCUGUUCUUCUCCACCACCGCCUUCGUCACCACAUACUGGUGCGAGGGCACCCAGCGCGUCCCCAAGCCCAACUGCAGCAAGCAGCGGAGCCACAACUGCAUCGACUACGGCGUGAACGAGACGGACCAGAACAAGGUGCACUACAGCUGGGAGACCGGGGACGACCGCUUCCUCUUCCGCCGUUUCCACACCGGCAUCUGGUACUCCUGCGAGGAGAACAUCCACGGAGCAGGUGAGAAGUGCCGGAGCUUCAUUGAUCUGGCCCCAGCGUCAGAGAGAGGUGUGUUGUGGCUGUCUGUGGUUUCGGAGGUGCUGUACAUCCUGCUCCUGGUGGUCGGCUUCAGCCUCAUGUGUCUGGAACUUUUCCACUCCAGCAACGUCAUCGAUGGACUCAAACUCAAUGCCUUCGCUGCCGUCUUCACCGUGCUCUCCGGUCUUCUGGGUAUGGUGGCCCACAUGAUGUACACUCAAGUGUUCCAGAUCACAGUCAGUCUGGGUCCUGAAGACUGGAGGCCCCACAGCUGGGACUAUGGUUGGUCCUUCUGCAUGGCGUGGGGUUCUUUCACCUGUUGCAUGGCCGCCUCCGUCACCACCCUCAACUCCUACACCAAGACAGUCAUCGAGUUCCGACACAAACGCAAGAUGUUCGAGCAGGGGCUACGCGAGGAGCAGAACUUCCUGGACCAGGAGGCCUUCCACUACUUCCAGGAUCGCUCCCUCCGGUCCAUCUCCAGCACGGUGGAGGUAUACCCCGGCCACAGCGGCCAUAGAGCUGGCCUCAUUGUUGGCGGCCCAGGACAUGGCCCCGGUCCGGGUACAGGUCCAGUGCAUGGGAAAAUGAGGGGCACAUCAGCUUCCAUAGACCUGGGGGAGAACACAGACUCUCUGGGGGAGGAGCAGUGCUGAGAGCUGGAGGCUGAUGGUAUCUUUAACUCUGGACCAUUCUCUUCUGACAAGCACAGCGGUCAUUACUUUCUGUUUGCAGGAACCAACAAACAAGCUGAACCUGAAACAAAGUGGGAUUAAACAUGACAGAUGCUGUAUGUUCAUGUCAAAUUAAAUGAUGUCAGUCUAAAAUGUGAAAAUGCAAUUAAGUCUGUCACACAUUUGGGUAAAGAGUAGAUGUUGUCCAGCAUACAAUCAUUUCCAGCAUGUGAAGGUAUCUUGUGAAAUAUUUAUUUUUUAAGACAUUAGCAGUUGAGCUAGUGUAACAUUUGAUGAUCAGAGUUCACUGUAGCAGGAAUUUAGUGGAUAUAAAAGAAAGUCAAGAAGCAGAACUACAAGAACAGAGAAGAUUCUGAAGAACAACCGUCUGUGAUUUACCGAUGUCUUUUGCUUAGUCCUGUUAGGAAAAUGCUGAAUCCCUGGUUGCCAUGGUGGCCCAUUGCUUAGAGAUGUGUAAAAGGUUUGGCUCAAAUGUGUUUAAAUAAAAGGCUGGGACUUGUA